CAUAUCAACCCUGAUAUGCACGGCCCGUCAAAUCUUUUUGGAAGGCAAGCUUUGCAUAGUGAACUCGACUGAGGGACCGUUCAAAGGGACUAUUAUCUACCGGCUGUUAAAAUGGCUUUACAAUUCAAAGAUGUCUUUUGGGGAGUGGACUUCAUCAGCAACAUGGGAUAUGAAGCCAUAAUUCAGAGACUUUGUGAUGGCCGACGGACAUGCAAGGACGUUGAAGAACUGCUGAAGAUGAGGGCAUCCGCAGAAGAGAAAUAUGGAAAGGAAUUGGUCACUAUCGCGAGGAAAACUGGAGGCAUUUAUGAAAUCAACACCUUAAGAAAAUCCUUUGAUGAAGUGAAAACACAAAUUGAGAGGAUUGGUCUCUUUCACCUCCACCUCUCUGGGAUGCUGAAGGAGGAGGCGAAGAGCAUGGAGACACACAGAGAGCAGCAGAAAGAGCAGAAGAAGAAGUUGGAAUUACUCAUGGAAAAGGUCCAGAAAACAAAAGUAUGCCUGUUUAAAAAAACAAUGGAGUCCAAAAAAUCCUAUGAGCAGCGAUGCAAAGAGGCUGACGAGGCCGAGCAGGCGGCUGUCAAGAUUGGCAAUGCUGCUGCAGCCACAGCCACACCCAAACAGACAGAAAAGCUACAGAACAAAUCGAAGCAGUGCAGGGAAGCGGCCGAAGAAGCUGAGAAACAAUACGUUUCAAACAUCGAGCAGCUUGACAAGAUUCGUCAAGAAUGGGAAUUGACACAUGUGACUACGUGUGAGGCUUUCCAGCAGAUGGAAGAGGAGCGCAUCACCUUUGUAAGGAAUGUCUUCUGGAUUCACAGCAACCAACUGUCCUUGCAAUGCGUCAAAGAUGAUGAGUGUUACGAGGAUUUGAGGAUCACACUGGAAAAAUGUGCCAUCGUUGAAGACAACGACUGCUUUAUGGACAUGAAACGCACAGGGCCAAAUCCACCUGCCCCAAUCCAAUUUGAGAAUUACUACGAAAGGCAAACAGCAGACAACGGCGAUCCUGCUGGCUUUGUUGGCGUCAUGAAAAGGUUCACAACUCUACUGCAAGGGAGCGCUCUGUGUUCCCCGAAAACAAACGGCAAUGAGCCAGUGACGCAUUCUAAAGAAGAUGCAGAAGGUGUAUAUGCCUCGAUUCCAGGAUUUCCAAAAGAGCCGACGAGCGCAGAGUUGAGCGGGGAGUUGAGCGGGGAGUUGAGCGGAGAGUUGAGCGGAGAGUUCAGCGAGCAGUUCAAGGCUCUGUACGACUACGUGGCUCAGGGGGAAGAUGAGCUGUCGGUGACGGCCGGGGAUGUGGUGGUGGUGAUCGAACAGGGCGACGACGGCUGGUGGACAGCGGAGAGGAACGGCCGCUGUGGACUGGUUCCAGGGUCUUAUCUCACCCAGGAAUGAGGUCAACUCAACUUGCUUUAUUAACGAAGGGCCAUGGUCUCUGAAGGGGAAGUGAUUCCGUUAUCGACUUUUUAUUGGAAAAAGGAAACGUUACAUUUCACAAUGUUGUGGUGUGUGUGCUUUAAAUAUGCUUUCCCUUUUUUAAUCUUUACUGACACUCAAUAUUAUCAUGAUGUGUCUGCUUUAUCUGUGCGUUCUGGUUAUCCAAGUAUAAGAAAAAGUUAUUUAUUUGUGUUAUAGAUAUUGGUAUUAUUAUGCUUUACAUUGCUGUAUCCUCUUGCAGGUCUGCUGAUGUAUGUUGUUGACAAUGACCAAUGGUUUUAACCGUCUAAUAUUAUCUUUUUGAGCGCAAAGCUUGGUUUUGUCAUUGUGCCAAAAUGUAUCUCUGUUAACAAUAUGUAUGGCGCACAAAUAAAACCAGUUUGAGGCUUUCCUAAA